UCCUUCAUUCAUUCAUCCGCGCACCGAAGAUCAGCAGCAGCAGCAGCAGCCAUAUUAUUCUAGGUCCGCCGCGGUCUGACGACAAAAAAGGCCGUCCGCCGUGUAAUCCGCGACACAUUCCGUCAAACGCCGCCGCCGUGGUAGAUUCGCGAGAAGUGUGUUCCGCCGUGGAGGAAUUUGCGUGAUUAGUUUCGAGUUCUUUUUGGAUUCCCGAAGAAUGGUGUGGAAAAUUUCGUCGAAAUUCGCGUGAAGGAAGAGAGUGUGGGAAGCGGGAGUGAAGCAGAAAAAAAAGUGUUGCGUUUUCGGUUUUCCAAGGAAGAGAAGCUGGCCCGAAAAAGGGAGGCAAAGAAGGAGCAGGUAUCUUCGAUCCUAGAGGUUUGCGAAGAAGAUCCCUUGCGGAGUUUCGGGGAAGAGUAGGCGAGAACGGGAAGAAUCGCCUUCUUCGUUUUUUUUUUCGCCAAGGCCUGCUGAGCAGAGUAAUUUAAAAGGUGUACGCGUGAGUGUGAGUUUGUGUGUGUGUGUGUGUUGGUGGGAAAGGUGUGCCAGUGCGAGGGGUUUCGAGUCUUUUUUUUGUGCAAAAGAAGAUAACAAAAACGAAGGGCCAAAAUCUGGCCACUUCCGCCGGACGAAAGUAGUCGAGCCCCCAGGGCACUCAUUCACGACGGCCACAGCACAGCCGGAAGUAGGCAGGAUGAGUUCGAACAACAGCAGCAGCAGCACCACUACCCACAGUAACAACAGUGGUGGCGCCGGAACGAGCAGCAUCGAAGCGGAAUACAACGAGAUCGAGCUCCGGAACGGAUGGUGCGGGGUGUUUCAGGAAAUCCGCGAGAAGAGCGAACAGGAGGCCCGCCAGAAGGACUUUUCCACCGACGAGUCGAGAAAGACGGACAAUCGGCGGCUGAACCGGUACCGGGACGUGUCCCCGUACGACCACUCGCGGAUUGUGCUCAAGCGGGGCGACACCGACUACAUCAAUGCCAACCUGGUGAAGAUGGACCGCGCCGACCGGAAGUACAUCCUGUGCCAGGGACCGCUCCCGCUGACGGUCGGCCACUUUUGGCUGAUGGUGUGGGAGUACAACUCGCGCGCCAUCCUGAUGCUGAACAAGCUGAUCGAGAAGAAGCAAAUCAAGUGCCACCAGUACUGGCCGGAGAAGACGGGCGAGCAGCACCGGCUCGAGCUGCCGGAGGUGCAGCUGGCCGUCGAGUACGUCAACUGCGUCGAGUACAAAAACUUUUGCGAGCGGACGUUCCGAUUGACCGACCUGGAGUCGAGCAAAACGCGCGAGGUGGUCCAGUUUCACUACACGACGUGGCCUGACUUUGGCAUUCCGAGCUCGCCGGUGGCGUUCCUGCAGUUCCUGAAGGAGGUGCGCGAGUCGGGCGCACUCGAUCCGGAUGUCGGUCCACCGAUCAUCCACUGCAGCGCGGGCAUCGGCCGGUCCGGGACGUUCUGCCUGGUGGAUUGCUGUCUGGUGUUGAUCGACAAGGAAGGCGAAAACAAAGUGUCCGUACAGGACAUCCUCCUGGAGCUGCGGCGGUACCGCAUGGGACUGAUACAGACCUUUGAUCAGCUGUACUUCUCAUAUCAGGCCAUCAUCGAGGGAAUGAAGCGCAUGAACAACUCGUCUUUCGAGGACUUUGAAGAGCUAACCGAGGUGGUCCCAGCCGGCAGCCAGGACCAGGACGCUGACACCGACGACACCCCACCGCCUCUGCCCCCGCCGCGGACACAGUCCCUCACGGUCUCCCAGAAGCCGCUGCCCAUGAUACCGACCAGUGAAAGCGUCCACGAGGACUUUAUCGCCGGCAAGGUGAGCCGGGACGAGCUCAACAAUCGGUUGAACCUGGAGAAGAGCAAGCAAUACGAGAUCAGCAGCAGUAAAGACCGACCUCUGCCGCCCCUGCCGGCGUCGGCCGCACUCGACAAACUGCACGAGGCGUCCAACAGCUCGGACAACGACAGCGGCGGUGGCCAUUCCGGCAGCAGCAGCGAAGUGGACGAGCUGAUCGAGGAAAAUGACAGCGAUGAAAACGACGUCGACGAUGACGAUGAGGACGAAGAAGACAACAGUGAUAACAUCGAAAGUUCCGUGCUGGACGAUACAACGAUAACGAGCUCGCCGACGUCAACGCUGACGACCACGACGACGGCGGCCAACAGCAACACGUCGACGCUGGAGUCGAACAAGGGCGCCAGAGAAGACGAGCAUCAGCACUCGCGGGUGGCGGCGUCAUCGUUCGAUGCGAACGCGACACUGCCGCCGCUGCCGAACGGUGUCGACAGCAACAGCAAUAGUGCGGGCGAGGAUGGAACGGUGUCCAGCCCGGAGAGGGAACUAUCAUCCCCGGCGGCCGAGCUGCGCCGCCGCAAGCGCCUCGAGCGCCAGUCCGCGAUGGAGGACAAGAUCCGCGAGAUCAAGCGCAAGCAGCAGGAGGUCGAGGACAGCAAGUCGUCGUCGUCGCCGAAAAAGCGCAGGUUCAUAAUGCUCGCCGCCGGCGUCGGCUGCCUCAUUGGCGUUCUCUGUGUGUAUCUGUACGCGCGCGGCUUCUAAGGUUGCAUUCGAGCGCGUGCAUGUGUGUAGGCAUCAAAAAGUGGCAUCAAUGUUGGGCCUGUUGUUGCAUUUUUGAGAGUUGGUUAAACGAUUUUAUUCUAUUUUAUUUUCCAAGUUUGAUUUUUUUUUCAAUUCAUUCCAAGCGGAAAGACUUGAAUGAAGGGAAGUGCGAAGGAGAGGAAGGAGCAGGAAACUACCAAGCAACUAACCAACUGUCGACAGUGUGCACUUGGUGAUCACUCACACACACACACGCACAUUCACAAUCAAACAAUGAAAACACACUAACAAACCCAUUUUUUGUGAUAGGUUAAUCCAGUGCAUUUUGUUCCACCUUAAUUGGGCGCGUAAGAGUGAAAGAGAAGAGAAAUGUGCGCCGUGGGAAGGACAGGGAAGAGAGCUCUUGAAAGUUGAAAGUUUGAUUUUUUAUAAGCGAAAAAUAGUUCCGUUUCGUGCAAAAUAUUAAAAAAAAGUCCCAAACGAAAGAAACACAAUCAUAAAUGGUGAGAAAAAAGUGAGAUAAAACAAGAAAGAGAGUAUGUGUCAUUGUUCUAAACAAGAGAAUUGUUUUCUAGUAGAGAGAGAAAAAAAAUAAGGUGAGAGAAAGUGAAUGAUGCAAGGAACAUUUAUUAUCAACAUACAAACAAAAACACACACACAUUCAAACAAACACACGCAGUCUGUUGUUGUAUAUCGAGAGUAUCGUCCAUGUUUUAGAAGAUAGAGUUUUACAUUUUUUCUACCAAUGGAAUAUUUGCUUAUUUUUUAGAAGAAACAGAAAACCGCUAGCGGUAAAUGAAGAGAAUAAAAAAUGAGAUAAAUAGAAAAAAAACUGUAAGCAUUGUGAGUAAACGAAAUUCUAAUAUUUUAUUAUCAUUUUUAUUAUUCUAAACCAAGAAAAGAAAAAAACAAACAAACGACGAAGGACGUUUAGCGAGCACGUGUAGAGAGAUUGUUUUUCUUUUUUCUAUAAAUGGGAUGAAAAAGAAGUAAACGAGUUUAGUGCUACUGUGGAAGGCGAAAUCGAAAAAAAAGAGCUGAACUUUAUAACAAUAACAAAAAAAUGCAUAUUAAGAAGAACGUAUAUUAAAAGUAAACAAAAAAACACACACACACAUUUGUAUAGAUGACUGUUUUAGAAAAUUAUGAAGAUAUAAAGCUGAAAAUUGGUGAAAACUAAAUUAA